AUGCUUUCCUCGACACGCUUAGAAAAGACCGAUGCUAUCUCAAGCACGGUUCCUCUGGAGAAUAGGGUGCAGGCUAAUUCUUUCGAUGAAGUCUCUAGGCCUGGGAUACAAAACGUGCACCUUGUCGCUCGCGAUGAAAAUGGAGAAUUUCCUACAUAUGACCAGAGACUUAUACCGGGUUACGAUGCCAAUCUCAUGCGAGCUCGAGCAGCACUAAGUAGUGACGAAGAGAAACAAGUCCUCCGGCGGAUAGAUUGGCAUCUCAUCCCAUUGCUAGCGGUGAUGUAUAUGGUCAAGACAAUUGACUCGAAUAAUGUCUCCAAUGCUCGCGUCAUGGACAAAGGAACGCCGCAGAAUAUUCUGACGGAACUUCGUAUUACCUCCAAUCAGUACAAUCUGGUGAUGACGCUGUAUUACAUUCCAUACAUCCUCGCCGAAGCCCCUUCCAACCUUCUGCUGAAAGGGGUGCGACCUUCAGUAUGGCAGGCCCGAAUCAUGAUCUCGUGGGGUAUCGUUCUCUGCUGCCAUGCCGCUGUUACCAACCGACAGGGCUUAUAUAUCGUUCGCUUUUUCCUCGGUCUCUUUGAGGCCGGUCUGUGGCCAGGGAUGCUCCUGCAGCUAUGCUACUGGUACCGUCCUGACGAGAUGGCGCCUCGGAUCGUUCUAGUAACGAUACUGGGGAACUUCAGCUCCGUCAUCAGCGGGGUCCUUGCUUUUGCCUUCAACGGGGUUCUCGCGGGAGGACUAUCCGUCCCAGCAACGGCUACCUGGUUGUCAGAAAAAGAAAAGGCCUUUAUUCAGGCUCGACUACCCAACAGCUCUCCCCGAGCCUCCGAGGCGAACUUUGACCUGCACGAGCUCAUCACUACUCUAAAGAACAAGAGACUCUGGCUGUUUCUCCUGUGCUGGGCAUUUUUCACCAUCGGGACUACUGGCCUAGUGUUCUACCAGCCUACGGUGAUUGCUAACCUAGGUUUCACAUCAAUCGCCCAGACCCAGCUGCUCACUAUUCCAUCGGCCGUGUUUAGCGUUAUUCUGACAAUCGUGUUUGGGAUCUUCGCAGACACAGGACGAAUUCCCCAACCACUCAUCCCACUGGGAUUCCUGAUUGCUAUCGAAGCAUGCUACGCCGUACUGUACACAUUCCCCAACAACGGUGGAGUCUACGCAGCUACCAUCAUUGCCAGUGGUUUCUCUGCCGCUUGGUAUAUUAUGAUGUGGCCAUGGCGGGUCCAAACCACACAAGGAGCCACCGGCUCGGCUUUUGCCAUUGCUUUUGUCAACAGCUACGGUCAAAUUGGGGGUGCAGUGGGAUCGCAGCUUUUUAACUCGCGGUAUGCACCUCGAUAUACCACGUCGUUUGGCAUUGCAAUGGGGUUUGUUGGGAUGGCAAUUGUUAUGAAUAUCGUUACUUGGUUCUUUACUUGGAGGGUGGACGUGGAUACGAGGCGCUUGAAGAGAAUCCGUAUUGCGGCUGCGAAGAGGAACGAGGCGGUUUUGGACGAUGUGGAAAUUAGCGAGCGAAAGACGGAGAGAUAG